AUGGUCAAGCACACACUAUCGAAACUUCGGCAAAAACUAAAUGAUCGUUUAUCCGUUCUACAAGAGUUCCUGGAGCCUGAUUGUAACCCCAUCACGGCGGCAAGAGCCACAGAUAACUUCACUCUUUCUGAUUUGAGACGAUUAGCUACUCGAAUUCAAAUGGAAUGUCGAAUCAGUGGGUCUUCUACAAUAAGUGAAGAUAACAUCAAAACGGCUUUAUGUUGUUCACGUCCAAUAACAGCCAUUACUGGAAAACAAAAAAAGAAUCAUAAUAACAUAAAUGACGUAGGAGGGAUGGAAGAACAGAAAAAACUUUUGACUGAAGUUUUGUUGUGGCCAACUAAAUACUCGGAGCUGUUUGGGAAAUGUGGGAUCACUCUAGGACGAGGAGUUCUUCUUCAUGGACAGAGUGGUUGUGGAAAAACUUUAUUAGCCAACUCGUUUGCGAGUUUCACCGAGUUCAAUGUGAUAUCUAUAAAGGGACCAGAACUAUUGUCUAAGUAUAUUGGGUCAAGUGAGGAAAACGUUCGUAAUGUUUUCGAGAGAGCGCGAUCUCAGACACCUUGUAUUGUUAUUUUCGAUGAGUUGGAUUCAUUAGCACCGAAAAGGGGUCAUGACAGUACUGGAGUUACAGAUAGAGUUGUUAACCAGCUACUGACUGAAUUGGAUGGAGCAGAAGGACUCAGCGGUGUUUUUGUGAUUGGAUGUACGAGCAGAAUUGAUAUGAUCGAUGAAGCUCUUCUUAGACCUGGAAGGUUCGAUCAUUUGAUAGAAUGUGGUUUGCCAAGCACGAAUGACCGCUCAACCAUAAUAAGGGUCAUACUCAAAACUGUAUUACAUGCAAAAAUUUCACACACUGCUUGGGCAUAUCGAACAGAAGGUUGGACGGGAGCGGAUUUGAAGGCUUUGAUAACGAAUGCUCAAUUUAACGCACAUAGGAACGCUAGCAAAGAUAUGGACAUUGAUUCUAUUCACAUAACAGAAGAAGAUCUGGACGCAGUAUUCGAGGAUUCAAAGCCUAAAGAACGGAAAACUCAAAUUGCAAACUUCAAGGCUGGGCAGAAAGUUACAUUGGCUUAG